AUGCCGUUCAAGUAUCGUUGGUGUAUACUGCUCAACACCGCUCUGGGCAUCAUCACCGCCAAAUGCAGCGAUGCUCAACAACGCAUUUGCCAAAACCACUCAACACCUGGCAACACCCACUCAACACUCGACAACACCACUCAACACCUACCGACACCACUAGACACAUAUCAACACCAUUCAUCACCACUCAACACUUCCCAACACCACUCUAUACCUAACACCAACUUAAUACCAACACCACGAAACACCUGUCAGUACCACUCAACCCCUGCCAACACCAACUCAACACCUGUCGACACCACUCAACAUCUGUCAACACCACUCAACCUCUGCCAACGCCCCUCAACACUUGCCAACGCCACUCAACAUCUCCCAACACCACUCAACCCCUGCCAACACCACUCAACACCUACCAACACCACUCAACCCCUCCCAACACCACUCAACACCUACCAACACCAACUCAACACCUGUCAACACCACUUAACACCUGUCAACACCACUCAACACUUGCCAACACCCCUCAACACCUCCCAACACCACCCAACCCCUGCCAACACUAACUCAACACUUUCCACCACCAACUCAACACCACUCAACACCAGCUCAACACCACUCAACCCCUGCCAACACCACUCAACCCCUGCCAACACCAACUCAACACUUUCCACCACCAACUCAACACCACUCAACACCAGCUCAACACCACCCAACACCACUCAACCCCUGCCAACACCACCCAACCCCUGCCAACACCAACUCAACGCUUUCCACCACCAAUUCAACACCACUCAACACCAGCUCAACACCACCCAACACCACUCAACCCCUGCCAACACCAACUCAACACUUUCCACCACCAACUCAACCCCUGCCAACACCAACUUAACACUUUCCACCACCAACUCAACACCACUCAACACCAGCUCAACACCACUCAACCCCUGCCAACACCACCCAACCCCUGCCAACACCAACUCAACACUUUCCACCACCAACUCAACACCACUCAACACCAGCUCAACACCACCCAACAGCACUCAACACCACCCAACAGCACUCAACACCACCCAACACCACCCAACCCUGCUAACACCAACUCAACACUUUCCACCACCAACUCAACACUACUCAACACCACCCAACACCACUCAACACCACUCAACACCAACUCAACCCCCGCCAACACCGCUCGAAACCGCCUGA